ACAAGUUCUGGACAGCGAUAGUCCAUUGAAAUUAAAUUAAAAAAAAAAGGAAUACGGAGUUAUAUGUGAUAUAAGGAAAAAAAACUAAACUUAAGACUCAAGACAGACUAAAAGAAAGAAAAAAAAAAAACAUAAAAUAAAUACGGACUUUUAUAAUUGAGCAAUUUGUAUGUGCGUUUGUUAGCUUGGCUGGCUUGUUAAUUGCAAUCAAUUGGCUACUGGGCUUCUGCUUGAAGUAGAAAACGAAGAAGUGCUAAGAACGCAUCAAUUUUAUGAUGUAUUUGAAAUGAAAUGUGAAAACCCAUAAUUAUUGUUAAGAAAAAAAAAAAUUACUAACCAUUAGUUUUGGUUGAUUGUGUAGACACGCGGUAAUAUUAUUACAAAGUGUUUAAAAAAAUUUUCUAUUUGAAGACCAAAAAAGGAACCGAUCAUGUACAUCGCAAAUUCCACUGGAGGUCUUAUGCUACAGACCAUGCUCUAUCUAGCCAAUCAGUCUAGCAGAGCUGUCAAUACGCUUUACGAUUUUCCACCUGCACCUAAAAGUGAUUUAAAUGAAGUCAAAUGUUAUGGUGUUUAUGGAUGUUUUCCAUUAAAUGGACCUUGGACAACAAAUACACGACAAAUUAAUGUACAUCCACAGAAACCCUCCGAGAUUCAGCCACACUUUACAUUAUACACAAGUCGAAGUUUUGAUUAUCCACUGUUUAUUGAUUUAAAUGAUCCAGAAUCGGUGCGGAGUAUGGGCAUUAAUCCGGAGGGAAAAAUAUUUGUGAUAGCUCAUGGAUAUUUGGAGAGGGGUGAUAUACCAUGGAUGAUUGAAUUGGGAAAAACUUUGAUGUUAAGUGAACCAGAAGCUGGUGCAUCAGUGAUCCUGAUCGAUUGGGGUGGUGGCUCGAUCCCACCUUAUGUACAAGCUGUUGCCAAUAUAAGACUUGUUGGAAAUAUUGCUGCUCAUGUAAUUCAUAUGAUUUAUGAAGAACUCGAAAUGCCCAAUUUAGAUAAAGUCCACUUUAUCGGCCAUUCUCUAGGCGCCCAUAUGGGUGGCUAUUGUGGCUAUCAUUUGCAAAGAGAUUUCGGUUUAAAACUAGCCCGCAUCACUGGAAUGGAUCCAGCGGCACCACUUUUUUCCGAAACAGAUCCAAUAGUUCGUUUGGAUUUGACAGAUGCCAAUUAUGUGGAUGUCAUUCAUACGGAUGCCAAUCCUCUAAUGAAAGGUGGAUUGGGUAUUUACAAAAGUAUUGGUCAUAUGGAUUUCUUCCCGAAUGGGGGAUUUGAUAAUCCCGGCUGUGGGCAGGGUAUACAUCAGUAUAUAAAUAAUAAGGAGAAAUCAUUUUUUGUGAAUAUGCAAGAGUUUUUGGGAUGCAAUCAUAUAAGAAGUUAUCAGUAUUUUACGGAGAGUGUGCGGUCGAAAUGUCCAUUUGUGGGAGUUACAUGUGAUUCAUUUGAGAGCCUUAAAGCUGGAAAGUGCUCAAAAUGCGAUUCAAAUGGAUUGCAUUGCCUAAGAAUGGGUCUUCACAGUUACGAAGACUACACAAAGCUUAUAAAUGAAGAAAAAAUAGCAGAAAAUUCAACUUUGACAGCUUAUUUAAUGACUGGCGAUAAAAAGCCAUUUUGUCGAGUUCAUUACAAAAUCACAGUGAAAAUAUCAAAUUCUGAUGAAAGUACACUACAUGGCGGUGAAAUUGGUACACUUUCAAUUCGCCUGCAUUCCCAACGCAAACGGUAUACCGAUAAAAUUAAAUUCUCCGAAGAACCACGUUAUUUUGAACCUGGUUUGGAAUAUACGUCAAUGGUACCAGGACGUGAUUUAAAUAAUCCCCAUUAUGCAGCUGUUUAUUGGGAAUAUCAAACAAAUCUAUUAAAUCCACUAACGUGGCGAAUUCUAUCUUCGCCGCGAAUUUAUUUGGAUUACAUUAUAAUAGAAUCGAUGGAGAAGGAUCUUCAUAUGAAAUUAUGUCCACGAAGGAAUGCACCAGUUUUAUCGGGAAGUGAAAAUAUUUUAGAUUCGAAAUAUUGUGAGGAAUGAGAUUAGUUUAAAGUGAGGUUAAGAUGAAUGCUUUUAGAUUUUAGAGAGAUCUCUAAAACUUUUAAGAAGAUGUUCAUAAGGCGGAAUUUUUAGUCUUCACUCAAUAAUCGAGUUUUUCCUAAAGGUCCUUUGACCUAAAUAUUCGUAAAAUUAAGAUAUCAAAGCUUUUGCUUGAAUUCAAACUUAUGAAUGCUCACUGAGGUAAUUCUGAAGUAAAUGCUUGAGCAUUUGCUCACAAAAUUCUCCUCAGACGUGUUACCACUUGGGGAAAAUCUCGAUUUGAGUGAUGACUAUGAAUUCCGUGAGUAAUGUGUUUUAACAAAUAAUUUAUUUAAAUCAACGGACAAACCGUAAAUUUAUAAAACACAUUACUUACGCCAUCUUCUGGUUGUUGUCUGUAACACUAUCACAAAACAACACCAAUCUUUAGAAAUGCAAAAUGCGACUAAAAUGCACAAUUACCCAAACUGUGAAUAUUCGAAUAUCGUAUACACAAACCUUUUUUGUUCAAAAAUAAGUUGGUUAAAUAUUAAGUUACAUUAGAUUUACAGAGAUGUCACUAGCAGCGCAAAUUUACAGCGGAUGUUUUUGGUUGGAGGAAUUUAAAAUUUUGUUUGAAUUUAUGUUGGUUUUUCUUCGGGAAUAACUUGAAACACUCCGAAAAUUCCCACAAGUGACUUUUUGUUAGGAGGUUUCGGAGUGUUUUUAGAUUCCGAAUCUGAAACUUUAAACUUUUAAACAAAAGUGUUCCUUUUCGAGAUGAAAUGUAUUUUCUGACAAAAACCAACGUAAGAUGACAUAAAAUUAAUAUUCCUUCAACAUAAUUUUUGGUUUUGAUUAAUUUGUGUUCUAGAAUUGAAUUUUUUAUUUUAAUUAUUAAUUUAUUUUUUU